UGUAAUAGUAAGGGCUUUGCUUAAUGUUCAUAGCAAGGGUUUUGUAUGCUAACUCCAUAGUAGGCCGGUGAAACAGCAUGUAGCUUUUUGCUCUGUGAGCAUGACUAAACCAUGAACCUAGAUAGUAGAAUGUUGUAUUACAGUGGAAUGUGGGAAACACCAGGUAUGGUGGAUCAUGGCUCAUCCCCAAAUUCUUAGCUUGAGAUAACCAAAUCCCUAGUUUGAGAUAACAUUAUUUACUCCAGACUAUAUAAACUGUAUAUUCUUAAGUUGCAACGUUCUUAAGUUCCUCCACUCUGGCAAGACAUCUGACUUGCAUGGAGUCCAGUGCAGGCUAUUGCAUCCCUGGGAUUGGGACACUCUGGGGCCAGGGGAACUAUGCGGGGUGGCGACUGUCGCCUCGAGCUGAUGUGAAGUCACCAUGCUCUCUGCUCCGUCUGAUUGCCUGCCUCUGUGAGUAUUCUUAAAGGGUGAGAACAACCGUGAGUACAUACUUUGUUCAAGCGCGGGGAAUCUUCUGAACCCAGUAGUUCAUUCUAAGACAGGGGGGGACUACUCAGGAGGGGUAAGUCCCACACCUUCCCUCUGCACAGUGCACAGCCCCCCUCCACCCACCACAGCAGCAGUGGUCACUGGAGCACUCAGGUCCUCCUACUGGCAGAGCACCCCCAUAGCAUGGUGUGGCUCCAGCCAUGAGGGACCCAGUGCCACCUGUGCCACAUAGCAUGGGCCUGGCUUGGCCUGACCUGGGGGCAUGCACCUUUGGGCAGGACCAGGCCACCCUUGCUGUCACUCAGUGCACCCAGCACCACACACAAGAGCCACACACCCUUGGGCCAGGUUGAGUCCUGUCUCCAUGGAGCCAACCUGGCCCAGUGGUGCACAGGGGACUUGGAGGCAGGACCUGGCUCAGCCUGAGGACAUUCAGCUCUUGCCUGGAAUGCCAGGGGCCCUAGAUGAGAAUGAGAGUGGCCCAGUCUUCCCCAAAGGUGCAUGCCCCCAGGCUGUGCCAGAUCUAGGCUGGGCCUGCGUCAUGUGGCACAGAUGACUGUAGGUCCCAGGUAAACGGGGCCACUCCCACUAGUGGGCCCUGAGUGCACCAAUGGCCACUGCUGCUUCUGGGCUGGGGGUGGUGCAUGAUGUGGGAAGAGUUUUCCCCACACCCACAGUCCCCCACUAACCAGUGCAGAGCGUGCAAACAGGGGGAGGGCUAGUGGGGACUGUUUCCCCAGGCUAGGGAGCACCCCCAGGGUUAACCCUUGGGGAACAGGCUCCAGGGGCACCGGAUCCCCCCAGCAGGGGAGCGUAGGGGGCGGGACUGCUGGCAGGCACUUCCGGGAAGCCAGGAGCACCUGAUUAGCUGUUGGGGCAGUGGCAGGAAUUUCAAACGGCAGGCUUUAAAAGCCACAGUUUGACAUAGCCCCCAACACUCAGGAGCCAGGCGCAUGGAGGAGAGGAGGGAUCUAGGCACACAUGCGUCCCGCACACACACGUGCCCCCUUACCAGACCCGUGGUGGAGGCGUAUGCAGCAGCAGCAGAAACAGCAGUGGGGGCAGCAACAGCUGAUCCCCCAAAGGUAAGUGGGGGAGAGGGACCCAGCACAGCUGAGCUGGAUCUGGAGGGGAAGCUCCCCGGAUCCCUUCUAGCUGAGCCGGUAGGGAGCUGCGCUCCUGAGCCAUGCUGCGUGAACAGAGCACGCAAACAGGCACGCUCUGUAAGAGUGCACCAGUGUUUGUGCCAGCGUUUGCACCGGCAGGUGGGCAGGAAGGGCCAGGAGGGAGACUCCUGCAAGGGUAGGGCGAAGGCACCACACAAAGCUCUAAGUAAACAGCAACUUAUACAAUGGUGGCGAUGCGGAGUGCUGCUAGGGCCUCUGCUCGGGGGGCGAUGUUUACCCAGGGCAUGUCUGAGGCCUCCAUCCAGACAAAGCCCAUGGGGGGGCUGGCAUCCCCCUGCCCCCCGGCCUGUGGGGGAUGCCCAGCAGGGCCGGGGGGCAGGGAAUGGGGGCCCCCACACCUGUCCUGCAGACAACCGUCUUAGGGCCCUGGAGGUGCAGGUGAGGGAGCUCCAGGAGGAGGUUAGCAGGCUGAGGGGAAUCAGGGAGGUGGAGGAUGAAAUUGAUGGUUAUUUCCUUUCCCUGCAGGACCAUGCACACAAGGAAGAAGCACCCCGGGAGGUGCCCUCCACUGAAGAGUGGCAGACGGUCACAUCCAGAACCAGGGCUGCUCACAGCAAAGCAGUAGCAGUUCCUCCAGUCCGGCUGGAGAACAAGUCUGAGGCCCUGGCAACACUGCAGGAGAAGGAAGGAGAGGAGGAAACCUCCACAGAGGAGGCAACUCCACACUCUUCAUGCUCUGAUCAGGCCAAAGGAGCUAAGCAGACCUGGAGAAGGAAACAUCAAGUGAUCAUCAUAGGUGACUCCAUCCUGAGAAGUACGGAGGGCCCCAUCUGUCGCCAGGAUCCCUCAACACUGAGCAGACGUGGAAGAUGACAUGAGACCUGCAUCAGAGAGACCAACUGAUGGCUUCAGGAAUGGUGUCUCAAGGCAGGCUUUGGCUUCCUAGACAACGACCCACAUAUCACGAUGAGGGACAUGCUCGGGUGGGAUGGGCUUCACCUUUCCCCCAUAGGUCAAUCUGCUCUCUGGAUGGGAGUGAGCCCACGGGCCACCCACCUGCACUCUGCAGGAUCCACUGGGGUGUGGGCUCGCUGCUGUACUUGGGGGUAUACCUGUCCCACACAGGCCCCUCCCCACCAGAGAACUGGCACCAGCUGGAGGCAAAAGUGGUGGAGCAGCUCCAGGCACAGGCAGGGCUCCUGUGAUGUCUGUCCCUGCAUGGGAGAAUGCUGGUGCUGAACCAGAUGGUCCUGUCCAUGCUCUGGCACCGCUUGCACACCCUGCCUGUGCCCCCUGAGGUCCUGGCAGGAGUCCAGAAAUGGGUGCUGGAGUUUUUCUGGCCGGGACAGCACUGGGUCACUGCAGAGGUCCUGAGCCUCUCCUUCUGGGAGGGCAGCCAGGGCCUGGUUUGCCUGCACAUCCAGGUCUUGGCAUUCCACCUUCAGGCCAUGCAGUGUCUCCUAUAUGGUGUCAGCAGCCACGCAGGAUGGGCCACCUAGAAUGCACUUUCCUCCUCCACUUCUGGGGGCUCCGAUAUGACUGGCAGCUCCUCAGCCUGCAGGGUUUCUCCCUGCAGGACCUACGAGCACUGCCAGAUUUCUACCAGGACCUUCUCCAGCUCCCCCGCAACCAUUGCCCAGGGUGCUAACCUGCUCAUCAAGUCCCACUUCUGGGACCUCCUGCUGGAGGUGCCAAUGGCAGAGGUGUACCGGUUGCGAUAGAGGUUGAUCCUGGCUGGUGUCACCUGUAUUGGAGACCUCCUGGAUUACAAUAGGCAGGGGUGGGUGAACCCCUCUGCGCUGGCCCGGUGCAUGGGUCUCCCCACGUCACAUGCAACCUGCCCUCUGGUCCAGGAGGUGAAAUCUGCCCUACCGCCUGACACCCUUGCCUUUGUUGACCAGGUCCUGCAUGGUGAUGGUUCCUGCCCCUCUCCCCCCACCCCCCCCAAUGUUCUCCAGCCCACAGGAAUUUGUUGUGGGCCUGACUCCUCACCUGGCUUCAUGGCGCUCCCUGCUUCACCACCUGAGCUGGCUGGAGGACACCAGACUGGUCCGCUUUUCCACCGUCCAUUGCCAUCAUCUCUAUAUGCUCAUGCGCUGCACUGUCCAUCAUGCCACCCUUGUGUCCAGCCUGGACACCAAGUGGUGGGACCUGCUCGGCAAGGGCAUGGCUGGGGCAUGCCAGUGGCUAAGUCAGUACUCCACCCUCAUCCCGCGAGCCACUGGGGACCUCAGCUGGUGGCUUCUCUAUGGAGCUAUUGCCAUGGGCGUAUAUGUGGCAAGCGUCACGGACACCACAGUCUCCUGCCCCUUCUGUGGGCAGAGGGAGACCCUGGCACACAUGACACUCGAGUACACCAGGCUGCAGCUCCUCCACCGCCACCUCCAGAGCCUUCUCUUGGGGUUCUGGUUGAAUUUCACCCCCCCACCUUUUUGUUUUUGAUCACCCCAUUCAUGGCCCCACCAAGUCACAGGACCUCCUGGUCAACCUCUUCCUGGCCCUGGCCCUGGCCUUGGCCAAGCAGGCCCUGUAUUUGACCAGGAAGGAGGCUCUGGCUGGGAAGGUGCAAAGAGACUGCAGGUCCACUUUCCUUUCACUUGUCCAUGCACGUCUCUGGAGCACCAGUGGGUGGCAUCCACUGGCUCCCUGGAUGCCUUUGAGUACUGGUGGGUGCAGCCUGGGGGACUCUGCUCGGUGUCCUCCUCAAGCACACUUAUUUUCACAUUUUGACCCUUUGACCCACAUGACACUCCUAUCCUGUUUUACCUUUUUUAUCCUAAGAAUUCUGUUGUAUCUUUCACCCAUUGGCCCCACACAGUAGGGGCCAUUAGUUAGCCAGGUGGGCCUUAGCCCACUAUACUUGAAGGUACAAAUAGAGAGGAGCUUCUGGGGCCCAGACAAUUGGUACCUGGAAACACUACUUCUUGUGCCAGCUGGACUGCUGAAGCAGUCCUGAGAGUUCCCUGCACCCUUUACCCACUGCAGCAGCCUGGCAGUGGGGGCUGCUGCCUGGCUGUGGCCUGCUGUACACCUGCCAGACCCAGAUGAAGCAUCUGCCCCUCUGGGCCAGUUGCCAGUGGGCUGUGGUUGCAGAGUUGGCCUUUGUGCAGCAUUACUGCCAAGUGUGCCUGCUGCCCAACCAUCUGGGCAGCUAUCACUCAGAAGAUGUUCUGGGUGGGGUGACCUGUUUUGAACUGUCAAAGCAUGUCCUCCUGGCUCCAGUUGGCCAGGAGUUCAGCCUCAUCCAGCUGGGCCACAGCCAGCUGGGUCCAAGGCACCAGAUCUGAGCAAGCAGGGUCCUGCCACGGGCCUUCCUAGCAGGAAUUCUGGUGUCCCCUAUUAGAAAACUGAAAAAUCUCUGAUAAAAAAAUCCCCAAGUCACUCUGUAAAAUACCGCAAAAUCCAUGUUCCUCCACAAUUAGAACAAAAAAACACUAUAAAGAGAGAGAGAGAGAGUGACACAGAGAGACAGUGAUCAGUUGAGCAAUGUUGUAUUGAUAUAUCUACAGUGUUAAAUCAGUUUGGAAGACUACCAGUGUCUCUAUCAUAAUAAUAAAGUGAACUCAAAAUA